UUUUUGAUUUCUGAUCAAAGAAGCUUUCUGACCAAUAUAGAGAUUUCACUAGUGAAGACGCGAAACAAGGAUCCUUCAGAGAAAGAAAGGUAUACGCAAGAGUCCAUUGAGCGAGAAGGUAAACGAACAAAGGAACCGAUUCGUCAGCGUAUUAAUCAUCGAUCAGCACUCGCUCCGAUAGGUUUUGUUGCUUUUGAGACAAAGAUGGCAGUUUAUGAUCGUAGUGGAGACAACAAUAAAACAGAACUCGACACAUCUAAGAAAAGGAAAUCAAGAAGUAGGCGUGAUGGCACUACCGUGGCUGAGAGGAUUAAGAUGUGGAAAGAGUAUAACGACACUGUAGAGGAGAGUCCAAGCAAGAAAAGGAAAGUGCCUGCGAAAGGGUCGAAGAAAGGGUGUAUGAAAGGGAAAGGAGGACCAGAGAAUGGUAAAUGUAGUUUCAGGGGAGUUAGGCAAAGGACUUGGGGUAAAUGGGUUGCUGAGAUUAGAGAGCCUAAUAGAGGGAAAAGACUUUGGCUUGGUACUUUUCCUACUGCUGAAGAAGCUGCUUGUGCUUAUGAUGAGGCGGCUAAGGCUAUGUAUGGUCCGCUUGCUCGUGUUAAUUUUCCUCAGUCUUGUGUGUCUGAUGUGGCGAGUAGUUCGAGUCGGUCUGAGGUUUGUACGGUUGAGACUCCUGGAGAUGUUCAUGUGAAAACAGAGGAUUUGGAUUGUGAGUCCAGACCUUUCUUUGCUGAAGCUAAGCCCAUGGAUCGUGUGGAGAAUGAUGUCCAUGAGAGUGCAGAGGAGAUGAAGUCCCCUCUUAAGGAUUGGUUAAGCGAGUUCGAACAGAAGUAUUGGGAAGGCCUACAGGAGGAGAAGCAGAAACAGAAGGAGGAGCAAGAGAUGGUUGCAGGAACCUGUCAGAAGCAGCCGGAUGCACUCUCUGUUUCAGAUUACGGUUGGCCUGCGGACUUGUAUCAGAAUCAGUGGGAUUCUUCGGAGAUGUUUGAUGUUUCUGAGCUUCUUGGUGACUUAAAUGGCGACAUUUUUACAGGCGCGAACCAGAACCAAUGCCUGGGAGACAAUGUCGGAGGUGGUUUACCUGAAGCCGAGAAGCAACAGGUUGGAUUACCCCCGCUGGAAAGCUUUGGCUCAGAGUGCGGAUUGCCUCCGCCGCAGCACGAGGCACAAGACGGUAAUGAGUUCUUCGAUCUGAGUUUCUUGGAUGCGAAGAACUGAGACAGUGGUGUGCAGUUGGAUUCGUUUUGUUUUGCCUUUAUCCCAUAUGACUGUUGAGACUCUAUUGAAGUUUUUAGUAAUAUAGAGACCCUCAAAACACGCUGAUAAAUCCUCUUUUAAGAAAGGAAAAGUGUAUAUAUUGUGAGAUAAUGUUUCGUAUAAUAACAGAGAAAAGAUUAGUGUCA